AUGACGACUUUAUACUCCGAUGAGUUAGGUCUCGAGAAAACCAACCCGAAGUUCUGGAGAUUGCGUACAGAUCAACUAGGUAGGGAAACGUGGGAAUAUCUCCCAAAUGCUGACGUUGAAAAGGAUCCUCAAUCUACUUUUACACAAUGGCUUUUACAAGAUGAAAAAUUCCCUUUCCCAACACCAGAAGUAACUUCUGAAGAUGAUAACUUUACAGCUGAGAAUGCGUGUCACAAUGGUGCUUCUUUCUUUAAAUUAUUACAAGAGCCUGAUUCUGGUAUAUUCCCUUGUCAAUAUAAAGGUCCUAUGUUUAUGACCAUUGGUUACGUAGCUGUUAAUUAUAUAGCUGGAGUUCAGAUCCCUGAACAUGAAAGAAAGGAGAUAAUAAGAUACAUUGUGAAUACAGCUCACCCUGUAGAUGGUGGUUGGGGUCUUCAUUCUGUUGAUAAAUCAACAGUUUUUGGCACUGUUCUGAACUAUGUGAUCUUACGAUUACUAGGCAUACCCAAAGAUCAUGUAGUAUGUGUGAGAGCCAGAAACACUUUACAUAGAUUAGGAGGUGCUAUUGGUGCACCACAUUGGGGUAAAUCAUGGUUAAGCCUGUUAAAUCUUUAUAAAUGGGAAGGUGUAAAUCCUGCUCCUCCAGAAACAUGGUUAUUACCUUACAAAUUACCUAUCCAUCCGGGUAGAUGGUGGGUGCAUACAAGGGCUGUCUAUUUACCUUUAAGUUAUCUUUCAUUGACUCGUUUUCAGUGUGAAUUGAAUCCUCUGUUAAAAGAAAUUAGACAAGAAAUUUACACAAAACCUUUCGAUAAGAUUGACUUCUCCAAACAUAGAAAUACUGUUUGUGGUGUAGAUUUAUAUUAUCCUCACUCUAAAUUCUUAGAUGUUGCAAAUGAUGUGAUUGUAUUUUACGAAAAAUAUAUCAGACCAACGUAUAUUUACAAUAAGAGCAAAGAAAAAGUUUAUGAUCUUAUUAAGAAAGAGAUUGAAAAUACUGAUUCGUUAUGUAUUGCACCAGUAAACCAAGCUUUUUGUGCUUUAGUAACCUAUCUCGAAGAAGGUGCACAUUCUAUGGCAUUCGAAAAGUUCCAAUUCAGAUUCAAAGAUGCAUUAUUCCAUGGUCCACAAGGUAUGACUGUGAUGGGUACUAAUGGUGUUCAGACGUGGGAUUGUGCGUUUGCCAUACAAUAUUUUUUCAUGUCUAAUUUAGCAAAAUUACCAGAAUUCUAUGAUACAAUCGCAGCAGCUUACAAAUUUUUAUGUCGUUCACAAUUUGAUACAGAAUGUAUUCCUGAUAGUUUUCGUGACAAAAGAGGAGGUGCUUGGGGGUUCUCUACAAAGACCCAAGGUUACACCGUCUCUGAUUGUACUGCUGAGUCAAUUAAAGCUAUUAUUAUGGUGAGAAGUUCUUCUAUAUUUAAAGAUAUUCACAAUGAAAUAACAGAUGAAAGAUUGUACCAAGGGAUCGAUAUUUUAUUAAGUCUACAAAAUACAGGUUCUUUUGAGUAUGGGUCAUUUGCCACUUAUGAGAAGAUUAAAGCACCUUUAUUUAUGGAGAAAUUGAAUCCAGCUGAAGUGUUCGGGAAUAUUAUGGUUGAAUAUCCUUAUGUUGAAUGUACUGAUUCAUCAGUAUUAGGGUUAACAUAUUUUCACAAGCAUUACGAUUAUAAAAAGGAUGAAAUUUCCAAGAGAAUCAAGAUUGCGAUUGAUUACUUAAAAGCUAGUCAACAAGACGAUGGUAGUUGGUAUGGUUGUUGGGGUAUCUGUUUCACAUAUGCUGGUAUGUUUGCCAUUGAAGCAUUACAUUCCAUUGGUGAAACUUAUUCUAAUUCCGAAUAUGUAAGGAAAGGCUGUGAUUUCCUUGUAAGUAAACAGAUGGAUGAUGGUGGAUGGGGUGAGUCUAUGAAAUCCAGUGAAUUGCACAAUUAUGUCAACAGUGAUAAAUCACUUGUGGUACAGACAGCAUGGUCUCUAAUUGCAUUGAUAUUAGCUGAUUAUCCGAACAAGAAGGUCAUCGACAGAGGUAUCAACUUACUGAAGAAACGUCAAACUAAACAUGGUGAAUGGAAAUUCGAGGCAGUUGAAGGUGUGUUCAAUCAUUCCUGUGCUAUCGAAUAUCCAAGUUAUAGAUUCCUCUUCCCUAUCAAAGCUUUAGGUCUGUACACUAAGAAAUAUAAACAAACUGCGAUAUAA